UUGCCCAUAAAUACAUAAAUUGCAUCGAACUCAGAACAGAGUUAAACUACCCAUAACUAGUGUUUGGAUAUUUUUCUGCCUAAUCAUCAUUAUUGAGAAAAAAAAAUGGCAAAGUUAAUUCAAUUCUUUGAGUUGAACACAGGGGCCAAGAUUCCUUCUGUUGGGUUAGGCACAUGGCAAGCUGAACCAGGAAUUGUAGCAAAAACUCUCACCACAGCCAUUGAGGUUGGAUACAGGCACAUUGACUGUGCUGAAGUUUACGAAAAUCAAGCAGAGAUAGGUUCUGCGCUUAAGAAGAUUUUUGAUAAUGGUUUGGUGAAGCGUGAGGACUUAUGGAUAACUUCCAAACUCUGGUGUGAUGAUCAUGCUCCAGAAGAUGUGCCAAAAGCUUUCGAUAAAACAUUACACGAUUUGCAACUUGACUACGUUGAUCUCUAUCUGAUCCACUGGCCAGUCCGCAUAAAAAGUGGAGCAGUUGGAUUCAAGAGAGAAUAUCUAGAACAAACAGACAUUCCCGGCACAUGGAGAGCAAUGGAGGCACUCUAUGACUCUGGCAAAGCCAGAGCCAUAGGAGUCAGCAAUUUCUCUUCAAAGAAGCUUCAAGAUUUAUUGGAUGUAGCAAGAGUGCCUCCUUCUGUUAACCAAGUGGAAUUGCACCCAGGAUGGCAGCAGCCACAAUUGCAUGCAUUUUGUGAAUCUAAAGGAAUACAUAUAUCUGGAUACUCUCCACUAGGCUCACCAGGGAAUCUGAAAAGUGACGUUCUUAAGAAUCCUGUUGUCGUGGAGAUUGCAGAGAAAUUGGGGAAGACACCAGCUCAAGUGGCCCUUCGGUGGGGAUUGCAAUCAGGUCAUAGUGUGCUGCCAAAGAGUAAUACUGAGUCCAGGAUCAAGGAAAACUUUGAUGUCUUUGACUGGUCUAUUCCUGAAGAACUAUUCGCCAAGUUCUCUGAAAUUAAGCAGGAAAGGCUAAUUAAGGGCACAUCUUUUACUGACGAUACCUAUGGUCCCUAUAAGAACAUUGAAGAACUCUGGGAUGGUGAGUGAAGUCUGAGAAAUCCUCAAGCAGAUUAGUUCUUCCUUUUUACCUAUUAGCAUCUUAAAGCCACCAGUUAUAGUGAUUUAAGUGUGUUGAGCAUUUUAGAAGUCUUAUUAUUGCUAAGAACACAGAAUAAGUAACCAAGUCUUAUUUUUCAUGUAUGGUUAUUAUUGUAUCUUCUAUUUGAUACAGGAAAACUUAGUGCUGUGAAUUUGUCUAAUGGCUAAGUGAAUGUAUAUCUACAAUGUCAUACGUUGUGCUUAUUA